AUACAGAAUCUGAUACUUUCUAGUAAGAUUGAUACGUUCACAAACGGAGAAAUCUUCUUUAAUUAUCAUAUAUCAAGAAAUAGUACGGUUGGUUUUUUGCUGAAAACCACGAACUUUCAUAAAGUUUGUUCCUUGAACGAACGUCUGCAUUAUUUUCUUUUGUUAAUUUAGCUCGAAAGCAUUCCUUUUGCUGGGUUUUCGGCUUCCUCCUCCUUCCCGUGCGCUCCGCCGACAUGGGACGGGUCGAAUAACAGGCGCCCCAUCAUCCCCCCACAACCCCACCACGCAGACGCAGACACAGACACAGACACAGACAGAGAGAAGAGAGAGAGAGAGAGAGAGAGAGAGAGAUGUCUCUGGUGGACUACGAUGCUUCUUCCGACGAAGACGUUUCCGACGUUGAAGACAACGAAGAACAAGGAGAAGUAGAGGGAACGGGAAAGGACCCAGAAGCCCCAAGACCCCAACUUGCUCAACCCCAGCCUUCUCCUCCACCUCUUCCUCAGACCCGGGGAUCAUCAUAUGCAUCAGACCAUCAGCUAGAAACCACUGCAGGUAUACCAGCGCCCCCUGUUGAGAAGCUUCCUGAUGCUUCCCUUUUGUUGGAUGGUCCAGCUGGAUUGGCUUCUCCGUUGAGUGGUGAUGACCAUGCUUCUAGAGUUGCAGCAGCAAGGGCUGAAAGUGCUCUGCGAAAGAGAGAGUCUCAUUCGCUAUCUUCAUCUGUUCCCCGCAACAAAGUGCCAAGGGGAACAUUACCCAAUUUGAAGAAUGUUCCAGAUACUGUUGGUGGACUACUGGUUCCUCCUCAGCUUAGUGGAAGGAGCAAUGUUGUCACUGAAGAUAUUAGCAAGUUAUUUGUAAAGGGAAAUGCAGAGAAACCAUCUCAUUAGGGAACUUACAAACAGGUUGUAGUUUAUUCUCCGUAACCUUAUCACACCUCUCUCAUUAAAUCCAUGAAUAAGUAUACUUUCUUGAGGGUCUGGCAUGUACAGAAUCGCGAGCAAUGUUGUAUGAGAAUGAACCAAUGAGAGAUUAAUGAACCUGACAGGAUGAUUCAAGGGAUUGCGUUCAAACAGAAAAUUUUGUAUGUGUUGGAGUAUGGAUAUUGCAGGAGGAAACUAUUUGGCA